AUGACUAAAACGUUUAUAGCGGGUGUGUGUGUGUGUGUUUUUUUUUUAGUAGAGCGACGACUCAGAUCCUUGAGUUCUGAAGAUUGAAAAGGGUAUUUUCCAGUAAUUUUGACUGUGUCGACAACGUUUCUUCUACCAAACCUGAGCGGAGCGGAUCACAAAAAAACGCUAUUGGCAGCUCGAACAACCAGAAUUCGGUAUAUUAAUGAAUUGAAAAACACCAUUGUUUAGGUUCAAAACAUUUUAAAAAUAGCUCAAAUCUCUCAUUUUUUUAGCUUUCGGAAAAAUUUAAUUUAUUAGAAGAAAAAAAGAGUACUUUUUUUCUGUGAAAAAGGCUUACUUGUCACGAGUUGAAAAAGUAAUUCCCACUUGUAUUUUCUCUCUAAUGAUUUUCUACAUCGUCGAAACAUUCAGAAAGAAUAGUGAUAAACAGAAAAAUAGUUCCAAGUCGUCGUGAAGAAGAUUUAACUAUAAAAAGUUGAUUAAUGAUUGCAAAAAUGUUUAUAGUAAGCUACUGGAAGGUUAAAGCAUCAAAAAGGUGUAAGGAGCUUUUAGUUCCAUGUUUGGUUUUUGCAAGAGUUCUGAAUUUCCAAACACCUCAGCAAGAAUUUCGAAUAUAUUUCAAUGCGAUCUCUAAUCUUGGAUCAUACGCAGGUCGCGAAUGGGACACCAGCAGCCGUGUUUCCGGACCCACGGCUAGGUUUCCUCUCGAUCAAAAACAAUUCAGGCGGUCAACUUUGGUUUUCUCUGCAAAGACUCUUGGCCACAGUGCCUCAUGAAGAGCUCGUCGAAGAGUUCAAACUUAUAAUCAACGUAAUUUUUAUAAUUUUAACCUAAAGUUUAUGUGCUAGUGUGCCAAAAAAAAAUUUACACAUUUCUAAAUAAAUGUUUGCCUUUUGUAUAUUUAUAUUUUUUAACUUCAUAAACCUUUCAAACCAAAAAUAUACGACUUUACAGAAAAUGAAAGUGCUGGAGAUAGAGCAGCUCUUGGCGAAGAACAAGUCGGAAGUCCUCUUCAUGACCUGA